AAGAGGAGGACUGGAGAGAGGACGAAGACGAGCAGGAGGAGGCAGCGGAAGAGGAUGCUGAAGCAGAGGCUGAGACUGAGGAGACCAGGGCAGAAGAAGAUGAAGAAGAAGAGGAAGAGAAGGAGGCUGAAGAUGGCCCAAUGGAGGAGUCCAAACCAAAGCCCAGGUCGUUCAUGCCCAACUUGGUGCCUCCCAAGAUCCCCGAUGGUGAGAGAGUGGACUUUGAUGACAUCCACCGGAAGCGCAUGGAGAAGGACUUGAAUGAGUUGCAGGCGCUGAUCGAGGCUCACUUUGAGAACAGGAAGAAGGAGGAGGAGGAGCUCGUUUCUCUCAAAGACAGGAUCGAGAGACGUCGGGCAGAGCGGGCCGAGCAGCAGCGCAUCCGGAAUGAGCGGGAGAAGGAGCGGCAGAACCGCCUGGCUGAAGAGAGGGCUCGACGAGAGGAGGAGGAGAACAGGAGGAAGGCUGAGGAUGAGGCCCGGAAGAAGAAGGCUUUGUCCAACAUGAUGCAUUUUGGGGGUUACAUCCAGAAGACAGAGCGGAAAAGCGGGAAGAGGCAGACCGAGCGGGAAAAGAAGAAGAAGAUUCUGGCCGAGAGGAGGAAGGUGCUGGCCAUCGAUCAUCUGAAUGAAGAUCAGCUGAGGGAGAAGGCCAAGGAGCUGUGGCAGAGCAUCUAUAACUUGGAGGCAGAGAAGUUCGACCUGCAGGAGAAGUUCAAGCAGCAGAAAUAUGAGAUCAAUGUUCUUCGAAACAGGAUCAAUGAUAACCAGAAAGUCUCCAAGACCCGCGGGAAGGCCAAAGUCACCGGGCGCUGGAAAUAGAGCCCGGUCUCCUUCACCAAAGAUCUGCUCCUCACUCGCACCUGUCUCCGGCCUGCACUCCCCCAGUUCCCGGGCCCUCCUGGGCACCCCAGGCAGCUCCUGUUUGGAAAUGGGGAGCUGGCCUAGGUGGGAGCCACCACUCCUGCCUGCCCCCACACCCACUCCACACCGGUAAUAAAAAGCCACCACACACUGA